UUCCUGGGUGACUCGGAUGCAGCGGCAGAGAGACUCGGGCCAAAUCCUGCUCCGCCGCCGCGACCGGCCCGCCCGCAGUGCCCGCCGGGGUGGGGGUGCGGGGGGCCCUUCCCGCGGACGGGCUUUGCGAAGGAGCCCUGCGGCUUGCGAGCGGCGCUCCCGAGGAGGAUUCGUGGUCUGCGUCCCUGGCGGGGGAUGCCUGGAGAUUUAAAGGCAAAGGUACCACAAAGAACCACUUCCUGCUACUCAGAUUGCAAAUAAGAAAGAAUAAUGAACAGGAAUGAAAGAAAAUGGAUUCUGCCUCCCCUGUUUCCUAUUGCUAUAACAGAUGCCAGAGGCCUCCAAGGUCAAAACUGUGUUUCAUGCAAGAGCUGGGGAGACCUGCUGGAGCGGCCUGCGCUGGAAUAUCAUGCAGGAGAAUUAUGAGACGCUAAUUUCUUUGGCAGAAGAGAUGGCCAUCAGCCUGCCUCGGAUCACCGCACUGGCUGAUUCCCACCGGAGAGGACUGGCAGCGGGAUUUCCACUUGCAAAGCCUGACCUGCUUUCCUGGAUGGACCGUGGAGAGGAUCCCUGGGUGCCAGACCUUCAGGAAUCGGAAGGAAGGCAGGUGCCGACUGACACCAGUCCAACUGAGGAGCUGCGAAGCAAGAAUGAGGACAUUCCUCCACCAGAAGCUCCCAGCAAGAGGGACCCCCUGGCCGAGGGUGCCCUGGAGGGGACUCCAGACGACCUGGAGACUCAGGCAACGGGGAUGCGACUGAGGCACUCCACAGCGGAAGGGAAGGAACGGCCUGGCAGCCCCCACCCACAGGCAACGGGGGCUGCCAAGCCGCUGCUGCUCCCUUGGAGAAAACAGGGGGGCGAGGGGGGCCACCAGUGCUCCGAGUGCGGCAAAAGCUUCAGCCAGAAGUCCAACCUCCUUCGGCACCAAAGGCUCCACCUGGACGAGAGACCCCACAAGUGCGACGGGUGCGAGAAGAGCUUUGCCGAGGCUGAGGCCCUGGCCAAGCACCGCCGGUGCCACGCAGGCGACAAGCCCUACAAGUGUGGGGACUGUGGGAAAAGCUUCAGCUGGACCUCGCACCUGGAGAGGCACCGGCAGAUCCACACGGGCGAGAAGCCUUUCGUGUGCCAGGACUGCGGGAAGGCCUUCAGUGUCGGGUCACACCUGGAGAGGCACCGGCGGAUCCACACCGGGGAGAAGCCCUACCAGUGCCAAGAGUGCGGGAAAAGCUUCACUGUCAGCUCCACCCUGGUGCAGCACCAGCGGACGCACACCAACGACAAGCCCUACCAGUGCCUGGAGUGUGGGAAGGGCUUUGGCCUCAGCGCUCACCUGGCGGCCCACCAGCGGAAGCACCUGGGCCAGAAGCCCUACGAGUGCCCGGAGUGCGGGAAGAGUUUCAGCUUCACGUCCCACCUGGAGCGGCACCAGAGGAUCCACACGGGGGAGCGGCCCUACCAGUGCCCGGACUGCGGCAAGAGCUUCAGCCGCAGCUCCCACCUCUACCGGCACCAAAGGAUCCACACGGGCGAGAAGCCCUGGCAGUGCGCGGAAUGCAGCAAGAGCUUCUACCUCAGCGCCGCCACCCUGCACCACCUCCAGGUGGCCCCGGACGGCGGCAGAGACCCCGCAAACGAGAAGCCCUACAAGUGCCCCGACUGCGGCAAAGGCUUCGGCCAGAGCUCGUCGCUGGUGAAACACCAGAGGAUCCACACGGGGGAGCGGCCCUACCAGUGCCCGGAGUGUGGGAAGAAGUUCAGCUGGUGCUCGGCGCUCAUCAAGCACAAGAGGAUCCACACGGGAGAGAAGCCCUAUCAGUGCGAGGAAUGCGGGAAGGCCUUCAGCGUCAGCUCCCACCUGGAGCGGCACCAGCGGGUGCACUCCCCGGACCGGCCCCACAAGUGCCCCGAAUGCGGGAAGACCUAUGGGGAGCUGGCGUCUCUCGUCAAGCACCAGAAGUCCCACGCGGCUGACAGCAAGCGCUACCGGUGCGCCGACUGUGGCAAGAGCUUCAGCUGGAGCUCCCACCUGGAGCGGCACCGGCGCAUCCACACGGGCGAGAGGCCCUACGCCUGCCCGGACUGCGGGAAGCGCUUCAGCGUCAGCUCCCACCUGGAGCGGCACCGGCGCAUCCACACGGGCGAGAGGCCCUACCGCUGCGGCGAGUGCGGGAAGAGCUUCAGCGUCAGCUCCACCCUGCUGCAGCACCAGCGCACCCACUCCAGCGGGAAGCCCCACAAGUGCAGGGAGUGUGGGAAGCGCUUCGUGGCCACCGCGCAGCUGCUCACGCACCAGCGGACCCACCAGGGCGAGAAGCCCUACGCCUGCGGCGAGUGCGGCAAGAGCUUCGGCUUCGUCUCCCACCUGGAGCGGCACCGGCGGGUGCACACGGGCGAGAGGCCCUACCAGUGCCCCGAGUGUGGAAAGUGCUUCAGCCGCAGCUCCCACCGGAACCGCCACCAGCGGACGCACGUGGCCGACCGGCCCCCAAAGUUGGGGGGAGGAGCCCGAGCGGGGAAAGCCAGCCCCGCCGCCUCCUCCUCCUCCUCCCACACUAAGCACCGCAAGGAGCUGGCCCCUGCUGUUCCCGAAGCCCCGGUCUCUCUCAUGCCCCCUUGGUGGGGCGAGGGGGACAGGAGCAGUAACCCUCCAGCUGCUUCCAUGUGGCCAGAGUUCCCAGCUCCCUUCCAAGGCCCCAGUCCCAGCGCUGCCCCGGUGGGGGGCCUGAGGGGGUGGGGAGUGAAGGGCUUCUUGCCUCCGGACACGUGGAGACUGGGGGAAAGCAGCUCCAGCUGGGCAUCCAGCCUCGCCCAAGAGGGCUGGCCACAGCUGCCUCCCACAUCUUAGGGGUCUCGCACUUCAAUUUCCGGAGCCAUCUGGGGGCAGGGGGGGCCGCCAUCUACCCGUCCUCCUUUCCAUCAAUUCAGAGAGCUGAUUCAGUCAUUCUAAGGAAGCACAUGCUAGAGUCCUGCUGGGAUGGUGGGUCCUGCUGGGAUGAUACCACUUCAGGACUGGGGGUGGGAGAAUAUCUGAGCGCUUGCUCUCAUAAAAAGAUCCCUGCUGGUAGAGGGCUCGCAUGUUAAGGAGAAGAAGGCUAAGCUGGGCUCCCUUCUGGUUGGUUUCUUCUGAUAUAUGGUGGAUUCAGUGGUGCCUGCAUCUCUGCAUCCCCGCACCUUCUUGGGUGAUAACAGUCCUAGCUGGAAUGUGCCGGAUGCUUUUUCUGAUCCUUUGGAACUGGCUUGUAAACCUGGUUUGUUGGGAAUGGGCUGAAAGGCUGCCAUGAGCCGAGCCGAGCUGAGCACACCACACAGGCACGUUCCUGCCCCAGCAACCACUGUUGGUGCAAGCACAGCGUUGAACCUUUGCGGAGGAGCCCCUUCUGUCCGGCGCCCUCCCUAACACCCAGGGACAGGACCAGAGGAGGGUUGGAAAGAAACAGAGGGCCCUUAUUCGGAGCAGCAAAGAAAUUUUUACUAGAUCAGAGAGCUUUUGUGUAGACUGCCUCCUUCCUUUCUGGUGUUUUGUUACAGCUGGAAGAAAGAGGGAGUUUAGGCUGUAACAUCACUGGUAGAGCCCCUGCUUUGCCUGCUUGGCAUCUCAGGAAGAGCUUGGGGAGGCCCCUGCUUGAGUCCUUGGAGAACCACUGCUCGGCAGGGUGGACCCCCCCCAUAUCUGCCCCCCCAGAUGUUUUGGACUACAGUCCCCAUAAUCCUGGACCAUUGGCCAUGCUGACUGGGAGUUGUGAUUCCACACAUCUGGAGGGAUCUUUGUUGGGGAAGGCAGGCCUGGGGUGUCCGAUAUCUCCGCGUUGUGCUCAUCAGCUCCGAACUGAUCACAAGCAACGGGCCCUGCAUUGUCUUAUGACCGAAGUGGGGAACCCUUUUUGUGUGAAGGCCAGGUGCCAUUUUGGAGAAGCUUGGGGGGGGGGGGCACACUCCCGCGGGGGGGGGAGCCACAGGGAAAGAAGCCGGGGUUUACCCCCCCCCCCCCCACAAUUCCAUUGUUAGCCUUUCACAGAAGGGAGCGAGUUUGUUCACCAGUAGGCAGGGCAAGUCUCUGGCUGUCUCCUGAGGAGGAAGCAGGACUGAACCUCUGAGCAGCACUUUCAGGAAGCACCCCAGAUACUCAGCCUGGGUGCAUCUACUUAGAACUAAGCAUUUCCUGUCUACUCAAAAGUAGGCAGAUCAAACCGCUGCAGAAAGUAGGACUGAACCACUUAGUGGCUUCCUGCCCUGGUGCCUCGGUCGCUCAGGGAAAAAGCUUCCAUCUUCAGUCAGAGAGGGCGUGUGGUGUGGUGGUUAAGAGCGUGGGACUGGGACUCAGGCGA